CUUUAUCCGUUUAAUCCGCGGUGGAUCUAGUACACCGCAAAGCAAAUCGUUGCGUUUGACGCGAUAUCGUUAAGUAGUACAUGAAUGUCGAAAAUAUUCUGACAGCAAAUGACAAUUAAACGAAGCUCAUCAUGUCGAUAUCCUUUUCUUGAUUACCUAACAAUCGCGAUAAUAAUGAUGUAUCAACAGACAGUUUGAAAGCUGUCGUCCAUGGAGUAAUUGCACAUAUGGAUGUACCAUUUCCUCUUCCCAAUCCUAACGCCUGCGAAGAUUCUGGAAUAAGCUGUCCGCUAGCUGCUGGAGAAUCAUAUACAUAUGUUGCAUCACUACCCGUUUUGAAACAAUAUCCAGCUAUAUCCUUAGACGUCAAGUUUGAAUUGAAACAAGACAACCACGAAGACGUGAUAUGUGUAGUAUUUCCCGUAAGGAUAGAGUAAAAUUGAUAUUUGAUGAUGACCGAUAUUACCAAAAUAUAUUACUCGAGACUAUAAAAUAAUGUAUGUAAUUAGAACAGUAAACUAUUAAAUUAUUUUAAUUCUAAGGUGUUUAUAUGAAAUGCC